CCUGUAGUCGUUUAUUCAAUAUCUGAACAAUGGCAAAUCCAGAUAAUGGUUGUGUGUUUUUGUAUGUUUGUUUUUGUAUAUAAUAUUUCAACUUUUUCAAAAUAGUUCACCCUCAACGAAAACAAUAGACUUGUCGUUUUGAUAUAUAACCAUAUGGAUUACCGCUACACGCAUUCUUCGGAAUAAAAAAAAAAGCAAGGCACACAGCUCCGAUUCCAUGUAGAAUUCUUCUCCAGAGACAACAUGCGUCUGAUUUUUAUUUUAACAUUUCUUGUAUUUGUUGCCAUUAAAGUGAGCACUGCGCCCACUAAUGCUGUUUCCAAGGAAACAACACCUGACAAAUCACCAAGAAAGCCCGCAGCAACAAUAGACUUGGAACAGCAGCUACAACACCAAGUAAGUAAGCCUUCAAAGCCUGGAUCCACCAAACGUCCGGUCAAAGAACAGGAUGGACUUGAGAAUAUAGCAGAUGAUAACACGGAUUACAACACAGACGAUAACACAAACCUUGAUGCGGCAAGCAUGGAUAUUGAGGAGGUGUUGAGAUAUUUCUUCAUCAGAUUGAAGGACCACCCAGAAAUUGUCCAAGCUAUGAUUGAAAAGGAGGGUGAAAAGCUUUUAAAUGCCCCUUCUGAAACCAAACCGAUCAUCAACACUGAAGAUGACACUGAUACAAAGCUAGAAACUGAGGAGGAUGAGGAUCUUACAAGAUCCUUUGAAAAACCAAGCCCACAGUUACAACAGAUUCCGAAACGUGUGGAGAAGAAAGGUGGUGUCUUCCCAUCUCAACUCAAAUUUAGUUUUGAACCGGUGGAAGGUGAAGAGAACAAGUAUGAGUUGCAGCCUGCAAUGUCUUUUCGACAAAACUCCGCACCAGAAUUACAAUCUUUGAACUCUCUUCAGCACAAUUUGGCACCAGAAUCACAGUCUUUGAACUCUGUUGAGAAAAACCUGCCAGAUGCUCAGUCAAAUGCUAUCACAAAUUAUUUUUCUUCAGCUCAACACGCCCUAUCCCCUGAAAAGACAACAGACCUAAAUACCCAGCAAAAGACAAAACUACAAAAUGACAUCGUGUCAACAGCCACCUUAAAAGACAGUAGCAUCGAUGUUAGUGGACUAAAGAGAGACCAAGAAGCCAAAAGCCGAAGUCAGUCAUUCGUUAAUUCACUGCCUAUGUUUCACCACAAACCAACAAAGACAAAUACAGAUGUCGAGCAGUUAAAGAACAAAGAUGUGUCUACAGGAUCAAAAGAAUCACAAUCAUCGGAAGAAUUAGAAAACGAGAAUGACGAUUCAAGUAAGAUGAUUCAUGCUGACCCACGUUCAGAACCUAACGCCUACACUAGUACAGAAGUCGAUGAUGUUGAGGGAGACAAUGUUAACAUGCCAGAUCAACAGUCCUAUUAUUACUACUACAAUGAUGAUGAUGAUGAUAAAACAGAAGAUGAUGAUGCCAGCAUGAAGGAUGUGAAUGAAGAAAAUAUACAGGAUCCUGCUACAGCUACAGCUUCUACUCCUACUGCUGCUCAUGAUGGACAAGGAGAAAAGCCUGGUUUUGAGGACGAUGACAGCGAACAUCUGUACAAAGAAGACGACAGUAGCAGUUCAGAGGACAAGGAUUCUGACAAGGACAACACAAAGAACGCUGAAGAUGCAGACAGACACAAAAUAAUUCUCAUUCCAGCUGAAGAUGGUUCAGAUCAACCUCAAGUUGAUGCAAAUGAUGAGAAAGAACUUCUUUCGUUGACUGGUAAAGGGCUCACUGAUGAAGGACUAACCAAGAGGUAUGCCAUGUGACUUGAGAACAAGGCUAUCUUCUGAGGUGCAAGCUUGUCACUACGUGUCACACAAUAUUUUGUUCUUUACAAUAUCGUAUUCACCAUCAAAGCCAGACCUAGAAACAAGUUCUGGGUGUGUGCAUUCCUCUUUCUGAUCAUCUGAUCAUGAUACCUGUGUGUGACCUAAUUACUAUAAAAUAUAACAAAUGACCUUGAAAACGGACAUCCAGAAAGUGAAGAAUGUCACACAUGCAGUAAAACAGACACUUUAAUUUAUGACUAUGACAUGUUUGAUUAGAAAAAUAUUUCAUUAAAAAAUUUGGGCCAUACCAAUAACAAUAGAGGGAUGGGGAAUGGGGAAGAAAAAAUAAGUGCCCUUUUUGUCAAGUUGGAGAAGACCCUAUAUUACAGUGUUUAUAAGAGUCAUAAAAAAAAUAUUAUUGUAAAAGCUUUUACCAGUUAAUAUCGUUAAGUCAGGGGCAGUUUUGACUGUUCCCUAAAAGUGAAAGUUCAGGUAGACUUGCAGGGCUCACAAUGGAACAAUUUGGUUUAGCCUUUAUUUGGGAUAUGCAGAAUAUUACCUUGAAAAUAAUUAAAAUGAGGUUAAUUUAAGAAAUAUUUUUUUAGCCAGACUAAAAUUUAAUGUUAUAUCCACUUUGUAUAAAAAUGAGCACUUGGCCAAUUUGGCAAUGCACAUGGUAAGGCCUGACUUAUUGUUAGUUUAGAUGCUGCAUCUAAAGACUGAAGGUUUGUUCUAUGGACUUAAAUUGGGGGCUCUUAGAAUAGGUGGUUGUUUAGAAAGUUUUCUUAAUUGUUAUCCAGUGAUAGUGGUUUUAAAUGUUUGCAAAACUGCUUUAUAGUAGCAAGUGUCAACUGAUGAUGAAGGUACAUACUACACCGCCUAUAUUUCAAGUCAUGUAAUCUGUGCAACUUUACCUUUAGUAAGUCAACCACUGCACGACCAUGCUUUUAGCUGGAUAAAUAGUUAGUAUUUGUGUCUUUAAGUUAGUAACUUUGUCUUUAAGCAACAAGUAGCAAUUUUGAUAAAGAAUCAGAAUAGUUUUUGUACAUUUUUCCAAUUUUAUAUAUUUCUUCUUAUUCUUUAAAAAAAAAAAAAAGAAGCAAUCUUAACAAACAUAAACAUAAAUAACAACAAAAAACACAUUCCAUUGAUCAUAUCAAGAUUACAAAUGGACGUUACAUUCUAAUGUUUCAAAACGUCCAUAGUCUUUAUCACUACAGAGUUAACUUUUUGAGGAUAAUUGCAUAACUGUUGUUUCACCAUGUUAUCAUGUAGUAAACUUAUCGAGGGUUCACAGCCAGAACUAGCUUCAGAAAAGCAAGUUUUAUUGUUUAAAAAAUUCUGAAACUGGAAAAAAAGAAAUUUUGUUUAAAAAAAACUUUGUGACAUUCAUAUUACAUGCAUUCCACCCCCCCAAAACACCACUACAUUGAAAAAAUAAAAACGACCAAAUAGUAUAAUCUUAUGUUCGAAAAAACAGAGAGAGUGGAUAUAUGGCUAGUUUUGGUUAUCAGCCCUUGUUGUUUCCUAUCCUGUUGUGUAUUGUUAUUGUGCAAGUUGUUAAUAUAGUUGUUAAUAUUAACAAGCAAAUCUGUAUUAUGCUUCAUUAUUUGUUUUGCAUUGGGGACCAAAUAAAAUAUUAGUGAAA